AUGGUCACAAGCGCUAAGCAGCCUUCCGUGGAAAGUCUGGCCUCGCGGGUGUCUCCCUGCGCCAGGGUGCGCCCCGGCCGGACCUCAGGCAGAUCCGCGCCCCGUGCCGCGUUCCGGGUGCGGGGGCGCUCCCCUCAAGGCGAGGGCACAGCGCCCUGGGCCGACCCUUUCUGGGCCCUGGCCCCUCAACAGCGUGCCCUCCGUUAUUCUCAGGGGUGGGAGUUUGCAGCAAACUUUGUUUAUGGGACAGUCCGGGAGCCUUGGCUGCCGCGCUCGUCUGCGUCUUCGCUGUUGCCUCCUCGCGCAGUGCGAGCGCCCGGGGCCGGCUCCGGGGAUGUAAGAGGCCAAACCUUCGGCUGCUGGGAAUCCGCUCAGGAUCUGCCAGCCGGGGCCGAGUUCCAGUUCGCUAGUUCGGGAGGCACUCAGGCUCGGCUUCCCCGCGUGCCCAGAAAGAUGAAUCCGUCUUCGGUGCCCCCUUCGCUCCCGCCGCCAGGGCAGCAAGUCAUCCACGUCACGCAGGACCUCGACACGGACCUCGAAGCCCUCUUCAACUCUGUCAUGAACCCCAAGCCCAGCUCUUGGCGGAAAAAGAUCCUGCCAGAGUCCUUCUUCAAGGAGCCCGAUUCUGGAUCGCACUCGCGGCAGUCCAGCACCGACUCAUCGGGCGGCCACCCCGGGCCUCGACUGGCGGGCGGCGCGCAGCACGUCCGCUCGCACUCGUCGCCUGCAUCCCUGCAGUUAGGCACUGGGGCGGGCGCCGCUGGAGGCCCUGCACAGCAGCACGCGCAUCUCCGUCAGCAAUCCUAUGACGUGACCGACGAGCUGCCACUGCCCCCCGGGUGGGAGAUGACCUUCACAGCCACUGGCCAGAGAUACUUCCUUAAUCACAUAGAAAAAAUCACCACAUGGCAAGACCCUAGGAAGACGAUGAAUCAGCCCCUGAAUCAUGGGAGCCUCCACCAUGCCAUCACUUCCACAUCAGCACAACAAAGGUCCAUGGCAGUGUCCCAGCCGAAUCUUGGUAAGCCCCGACCUUUGACCCCUAGCUGAAGGAGGAGUCUGAAU